AAGCUCAUACGUAACCCGGAAGAUGUUAUGGCGGCAAGAAAGACGGUGACACGCCUGAGCUAGCACACUUUGCUAAAGCAGGGAAGUUCACACUCGUUCAGGUCAGAGUUCGGAAGGAUUCAACAGGCACCAUUGAUAGCCACACACUGAAGAAAUAUUGAGGUGGAAGACGCAGAGACUAGUCAUGGUGUCACCAAAGAGAGUCGGAGUGAGCAUAGUGCUGAACCUCACCUCGGCAAUCAGCAUCGUAUUCCUCAACAAACUAAUCUACGUUCGCUACGGGUUCCCGAGCAUGACUCUGACCCUCGUCCACUUCCUAACCACCUCUCUCGGUCUCUUCCUCUGUGCCAAGCUCGACGUCUUCUCCCCCAAGAGCCUAUCACUUCUCAAAGUCCUCCCUCUCUCGAUCUCAUUCUGCGGAUUUGUGGUCUUCACGAACCUCUCCCUCCAGUUCAACACCGUCGGGACCUACCAGCUGGCCAAAGCCAUGACAACCCCUGUUAUUAUGACCAUUCAGGCCCUCUUCUAUGGGAAGAACACUUCACUAAGAGUCAAGCUCUCAACGAUCCCUGUGAUAUUUGGGAUAUUCUUAAACUCCUACUACGACGUCCACUUCAAUUUUCUCGGCACCCUAUUUGCAGGCCUUGGAGUCUUGGUCACGUCCACCUACCAAAUACUUGUUGGGACCAAACAGACUGAGUUUCAGGUCAACUCUAUGCAGCUUCUUUACUAUCAGGCUCCUCUCUCGUCACUAAUUCUGCUGUGUGUGGUCCCGUUCUUUGAACCCGUGCUCUCUCUCCCGUGGCAACUCUCCUUUGAAGCUCUGGGAAUGGUGUUGGUGUCAGGUCUGGUGGCAUUCAUGGUCAACCUCUCUAUAUUCUGGAUCAUUGGAAAGACCUCCCCACUCACGUACAACAUGAUAGGCCACUGCAAGUUCUGUGUGACUCUGUUGGGAGGGUUCUUCCUGUUCAGAGACCCAAUUAGCCUCAACCAGUUCCUGGGCAUUCUCUCCACCGUUUCUGGCGUCACUCUCUACAUCCUUUUCAAACUGAGAGAGACAGGCUCUAGUGCUACACUCAGGCUACAAACACAGAAAGUCUAGUAAUCAUUUUCGUAGUAAACUCCCCGUGGAGCGCGUUAAUUGGAACCUCGCGUCAUCGUGGUGUGGUUUUUUCCUUCUUGCUGGGCAACGUCGUUUACUAAGCGAGGCCUGUAGGCAGCUACUGUAUAUAUCGUCUCUUUCCACCGAUGGCAUCCAAUAAAUCGUCCUCAGCCGCGCCUUCGGGCUCUACUGGCGGCGGUAUAUCGUUUUCCAUAGCCAAGAAGAGCCAGAGCAGUCUCGGGGGGAAGGUUGGAGGAUUUGCAGAGGCCAUGGGAGGCAGAGGAGAUACCAAGAACGGCCAAGGAGCCGCGAAGGACUUCGUAUACUCCUUUGAGAGAGGAAAUAUUCACAGCUCUACUAAAGUCCAGGCUGGACUACACUGCUACAGCGUGCUUAUAGCUCUUAGGAGUUGAGGAAUCCACCAGAGUCCGUUUGGGUAUGGAGCAGUAUGUUUGGUGUGCCCCGCAGCUCAAAUCCUGUGCCGAAGAAGAAAGAUUAUGUGAUCCCACUCAUCCGUAAGGUGGUCUGGAGAGGGGUGGAGGAAGGAGAAGGAGGGAAGACAGAGGGAGUGAGUGGGGGUGUGUCCAACACUGAUCAGGCGAAGACUAAUGAGAAGCUGACGUUAGACAAGGAGGCAGCAAAAGCUAUCCUUUCAGAUCUAAAGAUCGCCAAGUCAGAAGAAGGGGAAGAGGGGGAUGGAGGUCAGAUGAUCCCUCUCCUGCUGCAGAACAAGCCUCCAGUCAGGGAGGACUCUGAGACUGGGGAACUGGCUGACCUCAGCAUGAGGCCUGAACCCAGCACUGCUGAUGACUAUGAAGAGAUGCCAAUAGGAGAGUUUGGUAAGGCCAUGCUGAGGGGGAUGGGCUGGAAAGAUGGCACAGCCAUCGGCAAGAGCAACAAAGGGAUGCUGGCUCCUGUGGAGUUCAUUCCGAGGCUGGGUAAACUGGGUCUCGGAGCUGCCCCAAAACCUCAGGAGAAACCCACCAAGGGGAGGAGACCCGGAGAGCCAAAGAAGAAGGUGGUGCAGGGACCUUACAUUGGCGCCGAUGGUCGGGUGAAACACAUGCGACUGAUAGGAGAAGACAUCCCCGAACAGCCCAUUCAAGGGUAUACGACCGGUAACUGUGCCAGAGUUCUCAGUGGACCUCAUAUGGGACUAUGUGGGAAGAUUGUGUCAGCUGAUGAGGACAAAGGUCGAGUGGGAUUAAGACUGGCCAUCAAUGCACAGGUAAUAGACUUCAGCAAGCAUCAUCUGGAGCUCAUACCCAAAGAAGAGUACGAUAAACCUCCGGCUAGACCACAACCGACUUCAAAGGAGUAUGGACUGAUAAAACGAAAGGGAGAGAGUAACAGUAGAGAUGAACCUUCUUCCUCAAAAGAUCACCUGUCAACUGAGAUAGAAGUGCAGAGUGGCAGGGAAUUUAGGGAAAAUAAGAAAAGACGGGCUGACCGGGAGUCGAACCACAAGAGAGCUAAGAGAUGCAAACACUCGGAAAAGAGCGAUGCACCCUUAGUCAAAUCCGGUGGUACCACUGAGGCUGGUAGCAGUGGCAGUGGAAGUACUGGUGGAGGACAUAAAGAGGUAUCCAGAGAGAGGCUUUGGGUGGCUCCCUACCUGAGAGUCAGAAUUGUGGACACCUCAUUCAAGAGAGGGAAAUACUAUAACAAUAAGGUUGAAAUCCUGGACGUGGUGAGCGGGGAUGAGUGUGUGUGUCGGACGGCUGACGGAAAUAAUCUCGAAGGUGUUCGUCAGGGUAUGCUGGAGACUGUAGUUCCCAAGACUGAGAAUGCUGCAGUCAUGAUAGUGGGAGGAAAGAAACACAGGGGACAGGUUGGCAGACUGCUGGAGAGAGACUCAAAGAACUACAGAGCCACAGUAGAGUUGGUGUACAGUAGCACAAUAUUGACUGUGGAUUACGAUGACAUAUGUGAAUUCACAGGGGAUGUGGAAGAUUGAUUUUUCUGCUCCUUUAUUGCCUCCCUAACCCUAUGCUCUGUUAUACAUACGGGCGCCGAGCGGCGCGGAGAUAGAUAUUCACACACCUUGGUCCCGUGCGCACGGAUGAUUCUGAUUGGUCGAAACGCCGGCGAGCGUGGGAAUAAAACGCUCGGUCGUGAAUGCGGUAGGUCACUCGCGUUUGAACACGACCUCGGCCUCGAUCG